CGCAGCCUAAACAUGGCAUCUAAACGAAAAUGUCAGUUUCAAUGGUCAAGAAACCAAAGAAAUUGGAAAUAUAGAAAAAUUGAUUCAAAAUGUCUGAAAUCUGUUUCUAUUGAAUCUUAUAAUUCAAUAGUGAAAUUGUUUGAAUCUAGAUCUCUCCUUAGAAAAAUGAGUUGUACAAAAGCAAAAAUUUCGAAAUAUCAUAUCUUAGAAGCUGAAAAUAAUAUCCAAGAUAUAUGCCAUAAGAUUAUAAGGACAAAUGUUGGAACAAAUGAUAAGAAUAUUAAUUUUGAUAAUAUUAUCCCUACUAUCUCACCUAUAUUGGAUAAAUUUAAAGCACUACACAUAAGGUUUAAAUAUUUUGAUGAAUUAAAAUAUAUAAUGGAAAAAGAACGGAAAAAGCCAAUAAAAAAGAAGUAUAAAGGCCAAGUACAUAUAUGUUUACUAAAGUCUUUUUUUGGCUUUAUGUUUUAUAAAAAUGUUCCAUUAGAAUUGUUUGGAACAUGGCAAAAUUUCAAAGCAGUGAAAAAAACUAUACAUUGUCUUCUAAAAACAUGUCCCAAGAAGAUAAUGAUUGAACCAUCUUCUAAAAAAAAUAUAAAUAAAAUUAUAAAUAGAAAUAAAAAUACAACUAUUGCCACUAGAUCUGGAAAAAAAAUUACUGCUAUUGGAGGAUUAUUAAGCAUAGAACCAUUAUUAAAAAAACUCGAUAUUUCUAAGAUUGAGUGGUUAUAUCCACUAAAAAAUAUACAAGAAAAAUGGAUUAUGAUUCUUAAGUUGUUGCAUUGGUUUUUCGCACAAUAUAUUAUAAAAAUUCUACAUAAAUACAUAGUAUUAUUAUCAAUCAAACAACAGUGGGUUUAUAUUAAAAAAGAUGACUGGUGUGAAAUGCAGGAUAUAUUUAUAAGUGAAAAAAUAAGCAAGGGCGAUCUUGUAUUGAUUAAAACGACAAAUAAACAGAUGAGUAAACAAACAAAAGUACAAACUGAAUUACAAUAUAAAUUAAAAUGUAUUAGGACAUAUAGAUUGGUUGCAAGUUCUUCUGGAUUGAGAGUUAUAGCAAGGUGUUACGAUGAAAAAAAAUCUUAUGAAAUCAGUAUCAUUUUGAGAUUCCUGCAGCAAUUAUAUUGUACGUACUUUAAUGAGGAAGGACUUCUAACUGUACAAAGUUGUAUUCAGCAAGUUUUUAAGUUUAAAAGGUCGACUAAGGAUCAUUUGUAUUAUGUACGUUGUGAUAUACAAGAUGCAUUUGGGUCAAUAAAUCAAGAAAAAUUAUUUGAUAUUAUUAAAACAUGUUGUAUGCGUCACUUGCCUAUUUAUCUUAGAAUGCGUAAAUGCACAAAAAAGAAUACAAAGAAACAAAGACUCGAAGAGAUAAUGCAAUGUUUAGAUUUGAAGGAACUAAAAAACGUCUUAAGUAGCGACGAGAAACCUCAAUUGACUAAGUGGAUAAAGUUGACUUCUAAGAUUAAAAAAUUGCUAUUAGAGCAACAGAUUGAAUUAUAUGGUAAAGUAUAUUCUAUAAAAACUGGUGUACCACAAGGUUUGCGGUUGUCGCCAAUUUUCUCUGACAUAUAUUAUCAAAAUAUGUUCAAUAACUUAUUUGUGCAAUUUAAAAAUAGCGGAGUCUUGUGCAGAUACGUCGACGAUAUUUUAUAUGUUACCAAGGAAAAGAAUUAUGCAGAAGAAUUUUUGAAAAUAGUCAGGAGUGGCAUACCCGAGUAUAACGUGAAAUUCAAUCCCAACAAAAUACAGACGAAUGUAGAAUUGCCAUUUUAUAAAAAAACGAAAGUGAAAUAUUUGGGAAAGAAUAUAUUUAUAUAGAUUCGACGAUAAGAUUACACUCGUUGCCGAGGAUUCAUACUACGGCAAGAACGUUUUACGAGGUAGGCCAAUUCAUCAUUACAUCGAACUCAGCAUUGUGAAAUAGGGCCAUGGAUGUGGAACAAUUUUGAGGAUAAAAUAAACCGUAUUAAUGUCGCAAUAAAUUCAACAUCUACAUUAUUGUCGACAUAAAACAUCAACAUUCAAGCAGGAAUAUGUGCGAAUUUUAUUUCAUUUGUAAUUUAUACUGAACAUUAUAUUUUCCUUUUGAUUCCUGAUGAUUCGCUUGUGAUUGCUUUCGAUAUUCGCGGGUAAUUGGCGGCUCUUUCCGAACGUCUUCUUUCUUUGAAAUUUGAAUGAAGUAAUGUCGAGAAGGAUUCUCAAUCAGUCACGGUACGUUUCGUACGUUAGAUAAGCAAAUACGAAAUACACUCGUAUUUUACGUUAGAAUAAUGCAAUUUAGAAUGUUUUAGCUUCUCGAUUUUCCCUCGAUUCGGGAAUCUUUUCAAUUUUGAAAACGGAACACGGAACAGAGAGAGGAGGACGUUCUCUUGUUAAUUGCCUUCAUCUGUCGGCUGUUAGGUUUCCAGGGCUUUUUUUGGACACGCGCACGCCGCACUUUUACAAAUGUCUCGUUCGUUUUAAACGUCAUAGCAUAUCCAUUUAUAUACAAUAUAUAUAUUUUUACUGAAUUUUUUACGCCACAGUACGAGAACGAAGGAGCAGCGAGUUCUGUCGUUAUUAUGCCGAUCUCGCGUAUUUGAACCCUUUGAACGUGAUUGCGUAAUAUGCGAAGAGGCUGUGCGCGUUAUGACGAUGUGAGUGUAGUAGCUGUAUAAAAAAGAAAAACGCGAAAAAUUUGUGCAUCACGUUUGCAAAGAACAUGGUCUAACAUUUCGCUGCGAUCUUUCAAAACGCGAGGAGGGGUACAGGAAUGCGGAUGGUUUCUUCAUCAACCGAUCGGACUUUCGUCAAUGUCAAAUAUAGUGCAUAGCAUCACGUAUAUUAUACGUUAGCUUAAGAUAGAUUAGUUCUAAUUGGAAUGAUAAUUUGAUUUGUAUUGUUCAACAACAGUGUUGUUCAAAUGUUGUUCUACCUCAUGUUCGUUACCGAAGUUCCUUAAUCGUGUUUGCAGAGGCAACUCGAUACCUCUAUAACCGCCGAGGACGAUUCGUGUUUCUCGUCGGAACUCGACCUUCUAAAUCCGAGGUAACGCGCGCUCGACAACUCUGCUUCGCACAAUCCAAAGCUGUAAGUCUUGUACUUUUUCAGAGUAACACGGUCUUAUCGAAGACCGCGACUCACACGUCCAACAUUGAGAAACAAGAUUGCGAAUGAUCGGUUGAAUCCUCUCGAACCGCCGUCGAGGUCGUCGCAUUGCUGUCAGCGGCGGUCGUUUGUUGGCAGAAAGAUUGCAGCGAAAUUACGUAAGUGAUGUAAGUGUUAAAUUGAGAGAUUCACCUAUCGAGGACACGGUCCCGCUUAGAAUAAUCUCGGAGAAAGCGUCGGAGCGAACUUAUUCGUUUGCAACGAUUGCUUCCUCGCACACACGUGUCACCUCGCGGAGACGCGUUUUAGUUACCGAAGAGCCCGACAAGAUCGCUCCGUCAGGACACGCCGUCAACAUCAUCGGCUCUUCCGCGUCCGUUUACGACCGUUUGAGGAAAUACGAGGUAAGGUAAAACACUGCGUUAGACACUUCGCGAACACUUCGGACUCAGGCUAUUGUUCUCGGUGGCGGCGGAUGUUUCACAGUCACAAGUGACUUUCGAAGAGAGGCACUCGGUCGACAGCGACGAGGGGUUCGGGCGUGAACUCAGCGGGAAGCUUUGGUAAUUAUCCCCGACGCGCGAGUAGCCCUUUUAAGAUUUCAAGCUGCGAAUCGUCUUAUUGUCUCGUUUCAAGGCGCCUAAUGUAUUGUGGUGACAACAGGAAGGAGAGCAGCACACCGCGGAUCGUAAGGGUGAUUCGACAGAACAGCAGGAAACGUGAGUAGUUUCAGCCGACAGCUGGGAUUUUCCCGGGUCUCGUUGCUUCGUCUACGCCAACCUGAAGAACUGAGGAGAGAAAUAUUCGA